AAUCAGAAGCCGACUCAGUUUAGGUCGGCAACGACUCGCGCCGGCUCCCCACAAUGGCGCGCGCGCCGAAACUGGGGUGGAAAUUCGCAUACGCCAUUCCCCGUUCGAAAAAAAAAGUAACGCAGAUUUUUUGACAGGUGUUCCUCUGCAUUUAAGCUUGACUUCGGACAGGAAAGUCUUGAAAGAAAAAGGCGAGGCCUGCUUUAUAGCAACCUUCUGUGCCGUAUAAACCUAGAGAAAUUCGGCGCGCACUGACAAAGGAGGAAUCCCAAGGAACGCCUUUGUGUAAACAUAAUUCGUGCCGAUAUAUUGAUACCGAACGCGCCUUGAAUGUCACAAUAAACCAAACAAAAUGGAUCAAAGUAAAGCUCAAGCCAAGCACCUCCCUAUCUCAAAACUCAAAAGGGCAAAAGAUUUAUUCGCAGAAAUGUACUCGUCUAUAGAGAUGCUAAGAGAUAAAGAGAUUGAUUUUCACGGAGCAUCAGUGAAACUUGAUUCCGCAUCCGAGUUGUAUGUGAGAAAAGUUGACACACUUCAUUCAGAAACGAACUUGCUGGCUGGGGACCUCGUCAGUGGGGCAUCCACGAAAAGUUCCACCGAAGAACAGGUCGAAGAGGAUCGAGACGCAGAGCUGAAUUCGGAAUUUGCUAGUGACACAAAAAAAAAGAAUAGGAAGCACAAGACGUUGGAAUCCAACGUGUCGAAUAUUACAACAAAGGACGAACUCAAUGCUUUAGCUGAUUCUCUUUUCCAUAAAAGGAGUGCCGAGUUUGACGCAAACGGCUCGAGAAAUUUGCUGCUUGCUCAGCUGAUGAUUCACAACGGCUACGAGAUCGUUUUCGGUUCGGAAGAUUUGAUUGAGGACCAAGUAGAAGAAGAGGUUUUAUCGAGCUCGGCUUGUGAAUCCGAAGUCAACUUUUUUAAGUGGUUCGAUGAGUUGGUUUCCAACCUUCUGCCGGACGAUUUAUCCAUCUUGAGAAUUUGUCCGGACCGCUUAAAGACCGAGCUGUUUGGUGAUUACGAGAUUCCGGACAUCAACGAGAUGGCUCAAAGGUGGGGCGGAGAACUUGAAGGGCGCGACGACGAAAUCGAGUUUGAUGGGUACGAAAUUGGGAAUCUUUGCGAAAGAAGUCCGGAAGAUAUAUUGAUGUCUAGACAUCAGCUGAGUCAGGAGAUAGAUCAAGUGAGUCAGGCUGAUUUUGGAGAAUUUGAUCCUGAGACGCUGAAGUCUGAAUACUUAUUUAUAGAUGCCGAAAAACAAUCUUGGGUAGGACUGAAGCACUGGAAAUACUCGGUGAAACAAUCCAAUCUGAAAAUGGGUUUAAAUUUUAGCGAGGACGAGUCAGAAGGAGGAAAGUCCGCGUCAGAGUCGAAAAAUCCAAGUAAAAAGAAAAAAAGCGUGUUCAGGGUAGACUUUGACGCAGAAUUGUCGAAAGAAGUUGAGAAGUUGCUACAAUCCUCAGAAGCAACUAGCUGUUACAUCCCUCGCACGAGUACAGAGAAAGCCAAUUCCUAUCUCAACCCAGUUGAAACGCACUAUGACCCUCUGAGUUUUACAGAGCUUUUUUUCCCGCACGCUGUACCAAUUGGUCGUCGCAUGCGGGCGGCAACGUUGGGAUGUGGAGGCGAGGUUUAUCCAGACAACGUCGACAAGGAGGAGGGAGGCGUGCAAUUCGACGACAUAGAUGAAGACGAAGGGGCGAUGUGCGAGGUUGGAUACAACUUUGACAGAAAUGACGACGCAGGAGCAGCGAGCGAGCACAGCGUGCCACUGAGCGCACCCGAUGCCAAUGAGAAUCCGUUGUUUGCGACGUCGAAGUUUACGAGGCUCGAUAGGACGGUUGAUUUGAGGUCGCUGAAAAAGAACAUGUGGGCUCGUUUGUGUACAAAUAGAAACGAAGGCACUAGGAGAUUAGAAUCAGGUACAUCAAGUUCUAAAAGCUUUCAAAAGUUGCUAGAAGAAAUUCCGCAAAUUUUAGAGCCAGAGACCGUCAAGGAUUUGUCGGUUUCAUAUUGCUUUGUGUGUCUGUUACAUUUGGCCAACGAAAAGCAGCUGGAACUCAAGCAAGGGGAGAAGAAUCAGCUGCUCAUUGGUCGCUUGCCUGGCUGAGUUGAAUUUUUGGAGAGCGAUGGCAAGAUUCGGAAGUGAUGCAGGGCAUGUCGCGGAAGAGAUAGGUAUGUGGUUUCCACUGCGUGGAGAAAAAGACGUUGAUUGGAAUUUUGCUGUGUUGGCAACAUAAAAUUUGUGAAAAUUUUGGCGCAUAUUCUCUCUAUACACGCACAAAACUCGCCAGAGAGUAAGUUUUUACGAUAUAGUUCAAGGCGACAUGGUUUCACUAAGUGUAAGUAUAACUACUCAGGAGGAGCCAAACCUUUAUUGGGUGGCAACUUCUAUUCGAAAUUGGCUAUUGUCAAUUCGUCCGUUGCCAUGGGAUCCGACGCAGCAAUUCUUAAACGAUUACAAACUGCUGUUGGAUAUACGUCUUGGCAAGUCAAUGAAGAGACACGUGCGCCGAUUCGCUAGGAGUAUCGGCCUCGAGUCUGUACGAGACUUAGAAGGAGUGAAAAUAUAUUUACCGGCGUUGUGCCCAUCAGACAGGCUUCUUGACUUUGUCUCUAGUCGAGAUUCGGUCAACAACUACGUUAAUGCCGUGCUGGUAAAAGACCGCCAUUCAAUUCAGAAGGGCAUAACUCAAAUUUUAGACUAUUUGUAUCUGGGGAGUGGACUAGAUGCCAGCGAUACCGAGGCUUUAGAAAGCCUCGGUAUUUAUCGAGUUUUGAAUGUUGCCCAAGACUGGCAUGGGCGGAAUAUAGAAAACGGCUUAUUUAAAGUAGAAAAGAUAGGACUACUGGAUGACCAGUAUCAGGAGUUGAUAGAGCCUCUGUACAAAGCUGUGGAGAUCAUUGAAGACGCGCGCAAAAAUGGCCAGAAAAUUCUUGUACAUUGUAUCUUAGGAAAAUCAAGAAGUGCAUCUAUCGUUUUAGGGUAUCUGAUGAUUCAGCGUAAGAUGCCUCUGAACGCUGCGUUCGAACUUGUGAAGAGUAGGAGGCCCAUUAUCUUUCCCAACAUGAGGUUUAUGACCGAUUUGCUCAGGUUAGAAUGGAAACUUUUCCGUUACAAAACGAUAGAUAUUCAACAUUAUGAAAGUCAACUCGUUGCUGAGUGUACUGCGGACCGUACUCGUUCCAAGACAAGUACAGACAGUUGAUGAAUUGGAGAGGGUACCAGAUUUGUUUUGAUGCCGAGAAAAAAAAUAGAGUGUGUCCAGAAAUAUUUUUAGACCAUGACUAAGAAUAACAUAAAAACCAACUCAAUAUCGCGCUGCUCUGUGUUCAACAUUACGGUUAUACGCGAGGGUUGCGUAUUGAUUUAUUCUGAUCUUAA